AUGUCUGCAAUGGAGAGCGUGUUAAAUGGUGAUGGACAGUGCGCAAAAGGCGAUUUGCCUGAUGUUAUAUCUUCGUCACACACAUCUAGCGAUCAAUCUUGCUCCGAAGCACAAAAUGCUAAAGAUGUUGGAUAUUCGACUCAAGAUGACUCCUUUAUGGAUAACGAUCAAAAUAUCAAUGCUAACUAUGGAAAGGACCUCGUAGACCAUAUAUCUGGUCUAUACCGCUUGUUAGAUUUGUGUAAAGAUGAUGGAUCAAAUGGAUUAGUCGACAAAAUCAUUAUUUCCAAAGAUUCACUUAAAAACCUCUGUAAUGAAAUGGUACCCAAAAGCUUUGUUUCUAUUUCAGAGAUCGAAUAUGAUCUCUUGAAUGUUAUGAAAUUUCGACUUAUUGGUUGCUAUGGAAAUAAUGAAAUUAUUGCAAAGUUCUUACUAAAAAAUAAUAUAAUCGAUCAAAAAAUCUUUGACUUAUUAACAAUGGCAUAUUCGUCUGAAAGUGAUCAAGAAGCUGAGAAUCAGUUUACUCUUCGAGCUGGAAUUUAUUUGUUGAUAAUUAGUCCUGGUCUCGGAUUAGUAAUUCAUUGGUCUGAAAAAGGAUGCUAUGAAGAAAAUGCAUCGUCGCAAAAAAAGAAAAAUAUGACUAACCUUCAUAAAUACCUUACUAAACUGACCGAUAAUCAAAUUUGUUUUAUGAGUGAAAAGGAUUUGGAAAACUUUGAUUUUAGCGUGAUAAAUGAAGAACAAGAUCAUUUUGAUGAGAAAAAUAGUACAUGCUAUGAAUUUGAAGUUAAAAAAAGUCAGGAAGAAAAAGAAGAUUUUAAAUUAUAUUCGGGUUUCACUGUCGAUCUCCCACUUAAUUUAAAAAGAGAUCUAAAAAAUAAUGGCGAUGCAGAAGAUUUAUUGACUCCUAUAGCUGUCGAAUCUGCUUAUAACCAAACAUUCAUCACUCGAAAAAGAAUUAUGCCAACCUCUAUUAUGCAAAAAAAAACCUUCGACUUUCCGGGGCAUGCUUUCAAGAAAGAUCUCCAAUCCCGAUUGCAAGGAUUUACUUUACAAAUCAGUCGCAAUAUGAGUAUGAGAUCUUUAGAAUUACUAGUUAAAAAUGGAUUAGAUAUGGAAAAAGAACUUAUGAGCCCGUUAAGAGAUGCCAUAACUUUAGCCACAAAGGAAAGCGAUUCAAAAAAAGCACAGGAAAUGAAUGAUAUAAAAAUUGAUGCAGAAUAUAUUACAGCUAUGUCACGAAAAUUUUUAAAAGAAUUAUACAGUGAAUUUGAACAACAAUUAUCUGAAAAAGCUUCAAGUGCUCAAAUUAAAAUCGAUAAUACUGUUAUUGAACGCAUUGAUUUCAAAUAUCCUGGUAUGCGACAAAAAAUUGAAAGUGCCAUUCAAAUUAACUCAGAAGCUUGGAAAGAAAUGAAACGACGAUACUACAUCUUCACGAAAUUGAUUACUGAAUUUGCCAUGAAUGAAUCUGACGACGAUAAGCAUAAUGCAGAUAUUAUUUAUUUGAUUUUAAAAUCCUUACCAUCCAUACUUGUCGACGAAGAAAAUGAUAUACAAAAGCUUUGUGAAAAAUACCUUGAAACACAGAAAGGACUUAUAGAAACAUUCGUUUCUUUCUUCAAGUACUCAAACUCUGAUGAUGAUAUUCCUAAACUAAAAUUCGAUGAUAUUAAUAUAAACGCAUUGUAUAACAGUGCCACUGAACUUUUAAAUAGCCAAGAUGAUUGUAAUUUCAUUAAAAUGUUAUUCAAAACACAUCUUUUUGAUUCAUAUAAAGAAAUUAGACAAAGAAUUAUUAAUUCAUUUUUUGAUGAAUAUUCAAAUUGGAGAGAAAAAACUUUUAAUAGAAAGAUUAAAGACAUUUUGCCCAAGAUUUCUGAUAGGAGCAAAGAAAUAACUAGCAGAUUAGAAGAAAAGCUUAUGUUGUUGAAGCGAGAUAUAGAAAAGCGUGAAUUUGAAAUAAUUUGUCAAAAAAUUGAAGAAAAAUAUCCAGUAGAUCAACUCAAAUUUAAGAUUUUAAAUAUUGAUUGCCGCAGCUAUUACCGCAGCAAUUACCGUGAUUUUAUUGUUGAAGUUGAAGUCGAGACAAUUCAACCCGUCCAAUUACAAAUCAAUGUUUACGAAACAUCAUUGGAUCAAUCUGAUGCCUUUGAGUUGAAAGAGAAAGAAUUGCAUGUACCUAAACCUAUAUUUUCUUUGACGCCUUUUAUGAUUGAUCCAGAACUAUUAAAUGCUGAUGAACAUUGUCUAUUUGCCAUUAAUGAACCACGAGGUCUGAUUGGUAUAUACAAUAUAAAAAGCGGUGUGUUAAAUGUUUACGCAUUUGACGAGCAGUAUAUACGUUGGUUUCCACGUUAUUCAAAUGUUCAAAUAUUACAAUGGUACAAUUAUUCGGCGCCGGAUAUACAACAUUUCUUCUUCAUUAAAGAUACUGAAGACAUAUGUUUUGUGGAAGUUGGAGGACGUGCACGCAUUUAUAAUCUUGUUAGUGGUCAAUUUCGUCCAGGAAUAGGUCAUGUCCCUGCUAAUGCAAUAAAUGUUAUGUCUACUCCUGAUGGUGCAUGUAUUAUUGCUUUUGUAAAAGAAAAGGUACAAACUGAUCAGUCUUUUGAAGGUGGCAACCCUAUUAGAAUUGACAAUAUUGUGAACGAAGAUAGUGUUCCAAAUGUUAUUGAGAAGUGUUUUGCACACAUAUAUUUUUGUUCUAAUUUUGGAAGUCCUGUAAAAGUCAUCGAGAUGCCUUCAUUUAUGAAAUUUCCAGAAUAUUAUCAAUUUUCAUUCAUUCAAAAACGUCAAAUGCAUAUAACAACUCUUGAUCUUGAAAAAUAUUUAUUCUGUUCAACAAUCGUAAAAAUUACCCUCGAAAAAACACAAUAUAGAUUCCAACAAAGAUCCAGAAGAUCUUUAGGAGAAGCAAGACUACAAAACAAUGACUUGUCUAUUGUUGAAGGAAGGAACACAAAUUUUACAAAAUAUAUUCGCAAAGGAGACAGUAUUGUAUUAUCGUUUCAAAAGUAUAAAGUUAAAGAAAUACUUUCUGAUACACUUUUGAAGAUUUCUGAAGUAGUAAAACCUGUAGCGAACAAUGAUUGGGUGGAAUUCGGGAUUGAACCCCAAACAAAUCUCAAUGGACUUAUAGAUGUUUACAAACUAGCAUUUGAAAAGUACCAAAUAGACAGUUGUAUUGACCCGGAACAAAUAAAACCUUUAAGUUUACUAAUUGCUUUAGAUGUACAAGAUAAUGAUAAGGUAGAAUAUUAUGAGGACAAAUUUAAAGAUUAUGUUUCAGAGAUGUUUGAAGAAUUAAGACGAUCAACAAAAAAACCCGCGACUUUACUAAAAAAGUUUACUGUAAAGGUUACCACUUUUAAUAAUUUGGAUAUUGAUAUAAAUUUCAAGCAAGGAAACACCACAGAAUAUCAACUUGGAGAAUGGAUAAUUCAAUUAUCAGUCCUAAUUCCAAUCCAAAUUGCUGUUGCACGUAAUAAUCUUUUCAUUCCACUUCGGGAUGGUUUAUCAUCUGAUGUUGAACAAGGGGAGCCCGAAGAUGAAUAUGCAAGACAUUUUGAUGCAAUUGCUCAAAAUAUAAGUUUUGGGUGGUAUGAAGGAAUUUUUAAAUAUUAUGGAAAUAGACAAGUUAAAGUAGUCAGUUCAAUGGGAGAACAAAGUUGUGGCAAAUCUUAUAUGUUAAAUCAUUUAGUUGGAACUACGUUUGAUGGUUCUGCUAUGCGCUGUACUGAAGGUGUAUGGAUGUCAUUAGCAAUCACUAAGAAAUAUAUAUACGUUGCAUUAGACUUUGAGGGACUUAAGUCUCUUGAACGUACACCUCAAGAAGAUUUAUUCCUGACGUUAUUUAAUACUGUUGUGUCGAAUAUGAUCCUUUUCAAGAAUCAGUUUGCUGUUAAUAGAGACAUGUCUACAAUGUUCCAAAGAUUUCAAGAUGGCGCAACUUUGUUUGAAUCUGAUCCAAAGAUAUUUCAGGCAAAACUUUGCAUCAUUAUAAAAGAUGUACCAAGACAAGAUCGAGAUGAUAUCGUUCGUGAAUUUUCAUUAAAAUUUAAUUCCUUAGUAGCUGAGGAAGGCGAAAAUAAUUUUAUAACUCGCAUGUAUCCAAGUGGAUUGAAUAUCACUCCAUGGCCAAUUUUCAACGACCCUUCUUGGUUUAAAAGAUUAAUAGAUAUUAAAAGGCUUUUAGACGAGCAACAACCUAAAUAUGAGAAUGCACGCACAUUUUUACAAAAUACAAAAGUUAUUAUGGCUAAACUUAAGAUUUGUGAUUGGGGUUCUCUAGACGAGAACUUAGUUCAAAUUCGUGUAUCGACACUUAAAAGAUUUCUUCCGACAGUCAUUUCUCUUGGAAUUGAGAAAAAGUAUCCAACUGCCGAACUUUUACUGGAUCGAGAUACAGGCCUCAAUAUUGAUGACCCUGUAGUUCCCAUAUCUGACAUAUUCGAAGAUUUUAGCGAUUCGAUAAAUUUGUCUGCUGACUCUGGAUUAUUAUUAUUCGAUGAAAACAGAGAAUUUGUUCGUCUUUCUUUGGAUCAAAGAGUAUUUUUUGAAGAGAAUAUACAACAGCGUGAUGAGGCACCUAAUGAUACUACAUGGUUUGACAGUUUGGAAAAAUUCUUUAAAUAUAUUGUUAAACGUCGAGUCCUUCGUGUUCAAGAAUGGUUUACACAUAAUACCAGUAAAUUUCCACAAGAUAAUAAUGAUGUUAUAAUUUGUCGAUAUGCAAUGGAACAAGAAAUAGCAAUGCUUACAUCUUUCUGGGAAUUAUGUGGUCUCACAUGUAAUAAUUGCUAUCUUAAAUGUUUAAACAAUCGAGAUCAUGAAGGAGCACAUGAUUGUUUAGCAAGUCAUGAAUGUCACGCCAAUUGUCAAUUUGUCGAAGCACACAUCAAUGAAAAUCCUAUUCCAAAAUGUAGCUACAAAGCUGGUCAUGAAGGCAAGCAUGCAUGCUCUGGUUCCAGUCACCUAUGCGGAGAGACUUGUGAUUUUUCUGACAAACGAAAAUGCCAGAUAAAAUGUUCAAAGAAAAUUGGUCAUGAAGAUAAAAAUCAUCUGUGUCAAUCUACACGCCAUUGUUGUGGAGCACCAUGUUCACUAGUUACGAAAAAUGGUAAAUACAAAUGUCCUAAUGAAUGUAAUAGACCAUGCGAAGAGCAACAUGAUGAACAUCAGUGUGAGAAUGAAAAAUGCCCAAUUCAAUGUCCAGUUAAUGGUUGCCCGUUGUAUUGCAAAAGCAAAGACCAUUUUCAUGCCCUUUCUGAUCCUGAUGUAAAUCAUUUUUGUGGAAAUGAACAUCAGUGUCAGGAACCAUGUGAAGAACCUGGAGUAUGUAGAAUUCAACUUGAACCAAAGAAACAAGAAGAAACUUAUAAAGGACUUGUUAAAGAUACUUCAAUCACCUUUACCAAGUAUAUUCAAAUGAGUGAAACAUCACCAUGUAGCAAAAAAAUUCCACCAGAUUCAUUUAAGCAUGCUGGCAUACAUUCUCAUGAGGGUAUGCAUUAUUGUGAUGUAAAAUGCAAAUUUUGUGAAUACUAUUGUGAUUUACCCUUUGGGCAUUUACAACCUUUGCAUGACACACGUCAUGGAAACAUGGUACAAACUGAAUUUACUACAGAAGAUAAUGAUAAUGAAUUUGUAUAUGGAGGUCAUAAACUAAAAGCUGGUGACGAAGGAACUUUCGUAUUGUGCAGACAUCGACAUAUUGAUUAUUGUAACAAUGUAGAUGAAUGUAAAUUAAAUCAGGAUUUACAGCAUAUCAACGGUCGUGUUCACCCUAAUCCUGAGAAAGCAAAAGAUUUCAUGUCACAUCGUCUCUUUUGGGAACGUACUGGGUUUAAGGAUCCAUAUAGUGCUCAAGAGCAACAAGAAUUUUCUAAAUGUGAUCAUGAAUGUCGAGACGAAAAACAUAAUACAAGUGACAAUCCUUCGAAAUCAUAUUGUGAAAUGCGACUUUUCCAUGAUCUCCUUGAUCCAUCGCAAACUCCACCAAAUGAAUGUGGAUACAUUUCACUUGAUGGUCACCAUUUUCAUUGUGAAAAUCCAUCCAAAUAUGAAGUCGAUUUUCAUAUCAUUUUUGUCCUGGACCGUUCUUCUUCGAUGAAUGGAAGAGAUAAAAAACCAAUACAAGGAACGCCAAUUUAUGAAAAUCUUGUUAAGAAUCAUAAUAACCGACUUGGUGCUGUUUAUAAUGCGGUAUAUUCAUUUCUGAAAGCGCGUCUGUCUUCACAAGCUGCUCAAUAUAAUGAGGCAGUUUGUCGUGAUACAGUUUCCUUGAUACUUUUUGAUUUCGAAGCAACUAUUGCUAUAGAAAACCAACCUUUGAAUGAUCCUGAAAAUUUACUCACUAUAAUGCUCCAACACAAUUCAAGAACAGGAACCAAUUUUAAUGCCGCAAUUCUCAAAGCCGGUUAUAUAAUCGAAAAACAUUUUAAUCCAAUGAAGACAAACAUUAUCUUAUUCUGCUCGGAUGGGGAGUGCGGAAUACCUAAAGAUGAGUUGAACAAAAUUUGUUCAAAAAAUAAAAAUAAAGGAUCACCCAUAUUUUUAAACACGAUUUUAUUCAGUAGUAGUAUAGAUUGCGAAUCAUUAAAACAAAUGGCAGAUAUAGCACAAAGCUAUCUUCCAAAGGAAAGUUCUUCAAGCGCAUUAAGAUGUCAAUUUACGAGAGCUAUUGAUGAGGUAGUUUUAGUUAACACAUUUAGUGGUAUUGCAGAAAGUUUGAGAAAGCAUAAGCCAACUCUCUUAAAAAAAGAUACUUUGUAA